AUGGGUCAGCUGGACACAUUGCCCCGAGAACUUGUAUACCUGAUUCUCGAACAUUGCGAUUUCGAUGGCUGCAAGAACCUGCGGGAAACAUGCAAAUAUCUUAGUGGUCUGGCCAACACUCGAGUGUUUCAGAGCUAUUGCAUAGCCUUCUUUCAAUCGCAUCUCGAGAGAUUCGUGGGGCUUUCGUCAAAGCCAGAAAUCGCAAGAUGUAUCAAACGGCUCGUCUUUGUGGGAGAUGUUAUACCGCAGAUGGACUGGUCAGGGACGUUUGAGGGCCUGAUUGAUAUGCGCGAGCCUUGGUCAUCGUUUUCCAAAAAGUACAUCGAUGAGAGAAUCACUGUUGCCCCAUCACGUAUGGACAGUCGACUAUCAUCCGACGAUGAGUAUGACUACCGGAUGCGAAUUUUGACAGAGAGGCAAGACCUUCGUCAUGCAGCCUACAAGGAAUAUGAUAAUACGCCCAAGCAUAGUCUCAGCCCGGAGCAAGUACAGUAUCACUUCGAGCAAUACGGCGCAUAUCGUCAGCAACAGCUGGAUUGGGGUCCGAACGAUUCAUUUUUGGAGGCUCUCUCACGCUUGCCAAAUCUGGUUUAUGUCGAAAACGCAAAACACGGCUUCGCAGACAAUCAUCUGCAUUUCCCAUGGAACCGGAUUGAAAGGGAUAUUAUCAUAAAUCCUAACAAUUGGAUGCAACUGCAUGCCGUCGAAGUGGAUGAUGACGAGGAGGUCCAUGUCGUGGACGUUUUGAAGUACCCUAUCCAUAUGCAGCAUGCUGAUUGUCUUCUAAAAGCAAUUGGGCAUCGCGCUAACCUGGGUACUGGGUCUCCAGUUCGAAGAUUGCGACUUGUCAAUGUCGGCGGACAACCAUUCCUCGAUAUGAGUGAGCAUUAUGCCCUUACUGAAAACUCUGCUUCCGUACCAACUGCACGUGAAGCGAGAAACGAGCUCCCUCAGGAACUUGUUUCCGCGAAACUCCAGGGCCUGUCACAAUUGACAAGCUUGGAUCUGGACGUGAGUUACUGUAUUCCGGUAAUCGCAGCUACACAUCCAACUGUGCCCAUGAAUCCUCUGGAAAGACAGACCAAUACUGCCGCGAGACAGACAUGGCAGACCAAACAGCUUUUUCAGGAGAUUCAUGCCAUCUUAUCGGCGGCAGCGCAUUCACUAAAGAAUCUGAAGCUCCAAUGCCGCGAUGAUGAAGGUAGCUGGGCUGUCGAAGAACACCCCAUGGAUCCUGCAGAUGACACAAUACGUCAUCUGAACAUACCAACACUCCCAGAACUGGAGACUUUGCGAUUGAGCUGUACCGCAACCGAAAGCAGUUUGAUAGAAUUUUUGCGUGCGCAAUCGAAGACGCUGCACAGUCUUGAGAUUGUAGACUGCGACUUGAAUGAAGGUACUUGGGACUCAGUCCUCCGUCAGGUCCCAGAUAUCUUCGAGUCUGGCCUGCAGCGUGUCUAUCUCGAGGGUCUUCACGAUGAGAACUACCCACGAGAAUCGGGAGAAGAGGCGCUUUUCGAGGAUGGUCUGGACGUGGGCGAAGGAGCUCAUCCACACGACCGUGCAAUUCUCCGAUACCUACUUCACGGUGGGGAGAUGCCGGAGCUUGACUUCAACUCAUGGUACGAGCGUAACCGCGAACUCGCCGACAGAGGUAUCAGUGAGUGGGAGGACGAGCUCCUCGAUGCCGAAGGACCAUAG